AUGGAUAAAAGCAAGGAAAAAGAAGAACAAAGUAUCAUGGAUAAAUCCAUGAGAUCUGUCUUUGUUGGUAAUAUACCGUACGAAGCUACAGAAGAAAAACUAAAAGAUAUAUUCAGUGAAGUGGGACCCGUCUUGUCUUUUAAGCUUGUUUUCGAUCGAGAAACUGGCAAACCUAAGGGUUAUGGAUUUUGCGAAUAUAAAGAUCAAGAAACAGCCCUUAGUGCUAUGCGAAACCUUAACGGCUAUGAAAUUGGUGGACGAUCACUUAGAGUCGAUAAUGCUUGUACAGAGAAGUCAAGAAUGGAAAUGCAGGCCUUGAUGCAAGGACCACAGAUAGAGAAUCCUUAUGGAGAGCCUUGUGAGCCAGAGAAGGCUCCCGAGGCAAUCAGCAAAGCUGUUGCAACUCUUCCACCGGAGCAGAUGUUUGAGUUGAUGAAACAAAUGAAACUUUGUAUACAGAAUAACCCAAAUGAAGCUAGGAACAUGCUUUUACAAAAUCCACAACUGGCUUAUGCAUUACUGCAAGCCCAAGUCAUAAUGAGGAUUGUGGAUCCAGCCACAGCUGUGACUAUGUUGCAUCCAAGCAACCCAGUGCCACCAGUGAUGCAACCCGGAGACAAAAUUCCACCACAAAACCCAUACAUUCAGAACAAUGCCCCACCACCUCCACAGCAAACAAUGCCGCCAGCACUGCUAAGUACCCCUGUGCCGCCGCCUGCUCAGUACGCACCGCGGCCAGCGAUGGUGGACGUGGACUUGCGCGGAGCACGCGCAUCGGGCGGCCCGCCGCCGCUGUUGGACCAGGACAUGCGCAGCCUGCCGCCCGUACCUCCGCACCCGGUGCCGCCGCCGCAGCAUCACGCCUCAGACAGUGGCUUCCCUCGUGACCCUCGGCUAGCGGGUAUGCAGCCUCAGACGUUUAACUCAGACCCUCGCGUCAGACCAAGCGAUCCUCGCGGUCAACCCAAACCACCACAGCAACAAAUGCCGCCCGGCAUGCCAAGCGCAGCUCAGGCUAGAACCAUUCAGGGUAUUCCUUCUGGUGCUUCGGAUCAAGAGAAGGCCGCACUGAUAAUGCAAGUGCUGCAGCUAUCUGAUGAACAGAUCGCGUUACUGCCACCGGAACAGCGAGCCAGCAUUCUGAUGCUCAAGGAACAAAUCGCGAAGAGCACUCAACAACGUUAA